GUUAAAGUAAAGUUGUAUCGGAUAUGCACGUUAUUCGGAUACGUACAUGUAUGUAGUUGAUGAUGGAUUAUGUUCAAUGAAAAAAAGAUAAACAAUUUGAAUUUGCCUAUGAUUUAAUAUUGUGGAGAAUACAUUAAUAUUUUGUGUAACAACAACAUAAAGCAACUUCAAAAAGAAAAUAAUCGUACCACGAAUUGUCUCCUAAAGGACUUAUCAGUUUCUAAAGGAAAACAUGGUUCGUGUUCAUGAUGGACCUGAGAUAUGAAACGAAAAUGGAAAGAUUGAAAAGACAAAUUUAGUCAGCAAAAGUGCAGUUUAGAGGACGGGACCUGAAGUUGUCCACACGACCAUGUCUGAUGUAUGGUUGACGCCAAUACCACCGAGAGAACCUCGGAUAUGGAGGGCUUCGAGCACGGCCAUAGUGGUACUUGUAUCAGUUGCCGGUAAAAUAGUGUUGAGAAUGAACAAACCAACAUUUUAUGGGAAAGAAGCGUUUAAAAGAUGUGUUGCUAAGCGACCACAAAAUAAACCAAUGAUAACCGUGAGCAACCAUACCAGUACUGUAGAUGAUUUUCUCGUUUCAUAUACGUUACCAUGGAAACAACUGCUGAAAAGAACGUCGUUAAGAUGGUUACCUGGGGCCAAGGACAUUUGUUGUCGCACCAAACCAACGUCGUUGUUCUUCCAGCUAGGUCGCGUGGUCCCCGUGGUGCGUGGAGACGGUGUGUACCAGUAUUGUAUGGAUUUCUGUGUAGAUAGACUAAAUGAUGGCGACUGGGUUCAUAUAUACCCCGAGGGUUUAGUUAAUACGACCAAAGAAUUAAUGAGACUUAAAUGGGGAGUGGGGCGACUCAUUGCAGAAAGCCAGGUAACUCCUAUCGUCUUACCAUACUGGCACAUGGGUAUGGACAACGUACUUCCAAUGAGAUCACCAUAUAUUCCUCGUGUAGGGCAUAAAGUCACAGUGGUUAUAGGCGAACCAAUUCAUUUUGAAGAAGAUCUGAAACAGCUAAGAGAGCAGAAAAAGACAGAUGAAGAAAUCAGGAAAUACAUUACAGAUAAAAUUCAGGAUGUUUUUAAAUCUCUCAAGGAAGAAACGGAAAAGAAGCACAAUGAAUCUUCAGACACGCGAUGACAGCAUUAAAAGCCACUACCAGCAUGGACAUUGCUGGACAAUUAAUAUAAUAAUUCAAUUAUUUACUGGUCUUACAAUACAUUUGGACAUAAGGCAAAAAAGAAAUAUGAUUAAAGAAUUGAUAUUUGUAAUGUAUAUAUCAUGCAUUAGUACCAGUGCAAGUAGGAAUGCAUAAAAUUAUGCAAAUGUGAUAAAAGGUAUAUAAACAUUGUGUAAUAACAAAACUGUUAACAAAAGACACAUAAACAUAGUGUUUAAACUGUGACCAAAGACAUGUGGAUGAGCAAUUAUACAACUGUGACCAAAGGCAUAUGUAAUAUUGAAACCGUGGCCAAAGGCAUUUGUGGGCAUAAUGUAAGAUCAAAAGUGAGACCAAAGUCAUGCAAACACCAUUCUAUAUUUAAACUGUGACCAAAGACAUGUGAAUAUAUCCAUUUUUACAACUGUGACCAAAGGCAUGUGAACAUUAUGUCAAAUAAAAACUUAGACUGAUAUGAAAGGCAUGUAAACUCCAUAUUAUAUUAAAACUGUCACCAAAUGCAUGUGAAUAUAUGCAUUUAUACAACUGUGACCAAAAGCAUGUGAACAAUAUUUGAUUUGAACUUUAGAAUCCGACAGUAAUAACGAAAUAAGUAUAUAAGUAUGUUGACAUGUAAAAUACAGAGAUAUACAUAUAAAAACUAAGCAGCAACAGAUGUAUGAUGUAUGUGCAACUUAUACUGAAUGGCUAUAUAUGUUCAUGAUUACUGCCAAAGAUAUUGUGAUAUUAAAUGUUAAUGAUUGAUCAAACAAGGAUAAGAAAUGUAACGAAAUUUGUUUGAAUUAUUUAGAGAUAUAUUUUAAAUAGUAUAAAGCUAUCGAUGGCGGAAUAUACUAUAAACAUAAAUCAUUUUUAUCUUUAUAUAGAUACUGUGUUCCAAUACCCUUACUGUCGUUUCUUAAAAUUCUUUGCCAAAAACUGUCUAUACAUGUAUUUAAAUUCGUAAUGAAUUAUAUUAUUGUCAUUUUGAUAUUUUAUCAGUUAUCAAACUUAUCAUACACUAAUUGCUUUUAUAUUGAGUACUGUUCACAUUAUACAUGUCUUGUCAAACAAUAAUCUUUGAGAAUUAUAGUUGAUAUCAAAUUAUAAUUUCAUUGUGUGGAAUAUUUUUAAAUGUUUAUAGCAAGAAAUGAUUGAUAGCUGUACAUACAACUUUCAAAUUAAUGUGUCAAAAUGUAUAUGAUAAUCUGUAUCACUGUGUUCUAUAUUUUACAAGAUCUUGCACCAAAUAUUUAAAAAAAACAAAAACUAAUACAAUAAAUUAUUUAAAACACA